CUAUGAGACAGUCCGCGCUGCACGCCACCGCUCUCUUGAGCUCUGCGCAUUCAUGACGCCCGCGUUUAAAUACCGGCUUGAGCCGGUAAAGAGCUGCCAAAACAGGCAGGAGUACAGCGGCUGACUGGCGGACCGGACCGGACGAGGAGAUGCUCCCGCCGCCGCCGACGCAUUUUUUUGCAAAGGGAUAUUUUCGACUAAAUCGUUAAUGCCGGUUCAUGUCUUAAUUACUUGGAGCGGCAAGUAACUUUGUGGGGAAUGAGAUGUUUUUUGGGUAGACUCGAAUACGAUUCCACACUUCACCUGCCCGUCGAGUAGACGUUACUUUAAGCCACGAAGGAAUGAGGAAGAAAGAGAAGAUCAAAAAUCAGUGUUAGUUCCACCACCAGGCAACGAUUCCUCUACUCUACUGUUAUUCUCCGGUCACCUCGCUGCCGUCAUGAGGGGGUCCAAUUUCCAGGGUUUUCUGGGUCCAAAAGUCUAUCCAGAGGUGCCCGAAGGUGGCUGGGGCUGGGCUGUAGCUGUCUCCUUCUUCAUGGUGGAAAUCUGCACCUAUGGGACCCUCAAGAGCCUGGGAAUCUUUCUCCAGGAUUUGAUGGAGGAAUUUAAGGAGAGUAACAGUCGGGUGUCAUGGGUCAUCUCCAUCUGUGUCUUCAUCUUUACUUUCACUGCCCCCCUGUCCACCGUCUUGAGCAACCGUUUUGGUCAUCGCCCUGUUGUAGUGAUGGGGGGGUUCCUCAUCAGCUUGGGAACCAUCACCUCUGCCUUCACCAACUCCAUCAAUGAGAUGUACAUCACCAUUGGCAUAGUCUCAGGCCUCGGCUACUGCCUCUGCUUCCUCCCCACCGUCACAAUUCUUGCCCAGUACUUCUCCAAUCUGCGAGCCCUUGUCACCUCUGUUGCUUCUUCCGGAGAAUCCGUCGCCAUCUUUGCGUUUGCCCCAGCCUUCAUGAAGCUGAAGGAGCAUAUUGGAUGGCGGUACUGUUUCAUUGUCCUUGGGAUUUUUCAGUCUUCUAUUAUUGGUUUUGGCCUUCUUCUUUGUCCAAUCAUCAUCCAACCAGAGCUUGAAAAGGAUGACACUGAAGUGGUAGAGUCACUCUCUCUGAAACACCUGCAGGAUGUUUAUGAGCUCGAAAACGAACAGACCAGAAUCUCCAUCAGUUCUGGAGUUUCCCAGGGUUCCGAGGACUCAGGCGUCACUUCCCUUUGUGCCUCCAAUGUGGAUUUGGGGAACGCAGGGGCGGAAAUCAAGGCAGAGUGGGAGCUGCAGGACAAAGAGGACCAGGAACUAUCAUUGUCCAACCCCCUUUCCCCAUUCAAAGUGGAUGCUGAGUCAAAAGUGUCAGAUGUUCCUGAACCACCAAGAUCCAAACUGCUGGACUUCUCUGUCCUGAAAGAUGGUGCCUUCAUUUGCUACUCACUCUUCGGCUUGUUCGCCACUCUGGGCUUUUUUGCCCCUCAGCUCUACAUCAUUGAACUGAGUAAAAGCCACGGCGUGGAGCCUAGCAUGGCGUCCUAUAUGCUCUCUGUGAUGGCGGUGGCUGAGAUCUUUGGCCGUCUGUCCAUCGGGGUGUUGCUGAACAAAGUCGCUUGCAGAAAGACCCUGGUGUUGCUGUGGUGUGUUGUUUUUUUGUGCCUGGUGCUUGUGGCCUUCACCAUUGUGUGGGACUUCUGGGGCCUAGUAAUCUGCUGUGCUGUCUAUGGCUACUUCCUGGGCACGGUGGGCUCCACACACAUCCCCAUGCUGGCUGAAGAGGAUGUGGUCGGCAUCCACAAAAUGGGGUCAUCUGUGGGAGUAUAUGUCUUCAUUCAGAGCUUUGCUGGACUUGCCGGACCACCUUUAGGAGGUGUGUUGGUGGAUAUCACAGAUAAUUACGGUGCUGCCUUCUACUCUUGUGCUGUUGGAAUGGGGCUCAGUGCCAUCUGCCUUGCUCUGGUUGCACCAGUCAAGUCUGGCAUGUGCCAAAUACAAAAAGGUGAGCUUGUGCAGGAGGAGGAGAAAACUUCCCAGGACAACGACCAGCCUGACUUUUUGGAGGUGGACUUGGGAAUGGAGGACAGUCCCAUCAAAAAAUCUAUGGAUGAAGACAACAUUUGUGUAGUAUGAGCCCAGGGGAGGCUCAACGUAUCAAUAGUUAUCAAAAUACAAGUCCAACACACAGCAAGAGGCCACAGAAUUUCCAUCACCUAUCUACAACUGCUGCUCGUUUACAAUCUCAGGUGUCAUUCACUCACUCUGACAAACUUGAAGCUCACUCCUAAAGGAGACCAAAGACCACCAUGCUGAGCACAUGGUUUCAAACCUUAGUAGAUAGACUGUGCUCUGAUGCAUCUCCAUGUCAGCUGGUUAAAGAUUUUCACAAGCCUCUGUAACUUCCACCAGAACAAUUCAGUUUUAUGUACAUAGCGCCAAAUCUCAACAGAAGUUGUCUCAGGGCACUUUACACGUGGAGCAGGUCUAGUACCACACUCCUCCAACUCGACUCUACACGAGCAAACACUAUAGACGGUGAAGGCUUCAAGCACAACAAGACUUAAGUUGUGCAGUGCACGAUCCCUGCUCAUGCUAAUGCAUGCACCCUGUGAGCAUGUCUGUCAUCAUUAAGACUCAGAUGUUUGUGCAGAAAAGCCUGAUGAAAGAAACAGCACCUAAAGUCUUGUAUUAUUUUAGUUACCUGAGUGCAUAUGAAGCAAUGAAAAUACAAAAUGUUAUCGAUACACACAACCUGUCUGACUUCUCUUUAUUAAAUAUAUUACAUUUCUUUAAGUCACAGCAAUAUUGCAUCACUUAAUCGUUAAGUAAAUCAGGGAGCUCCCACUCAUCUUUGAACUUGUGUUAGGUGAUCUGAAUGCAGUGUUUUUUUCCCCUCAAAGAUUUCGCCUUAAAAACUUCACCACCUUAAUUCUUGUUGCUUUUGCUAAUGGCAUUGAUUUUAUCUGUACAAUCUUGUUAUUUUGAUCCUAUUUAUUUCUCGUAGAAUUACCUUGUUACACAACAGCAUACCCAUUGGAAAGAAGUGUACACCAAAAUGCAAUGGUACACAUUACAUGAGAUGGGUAUGCAUGUUCUAUUAUGCAAACGUGUGAAGGAAGGCUCUGCCAGGACAAAGAAGAUGCCCUCCUGAAGAGAUCUUCACACACUCACUUGAAGUUUAGUUCACAAACCCUCUCAUAGUUGCUGUUUAACUUUUAUAUAUAAUGUUUUAAUGACCAUUCAUUUUUAGUGCCAGUUUUAUUUCUUUAACAAAAGACUUGGCAGCCAGCUACCUGUUAUGCAUUGAUUUUAUUGUAUUUUUUUAAAUAAAACAAGGUGCAAAUUGAGAAA